AUGAGUGUAAUAUCAAAAACUAUUUCAAAUUCAAGUAAUAAUACAACAGAUCAUGCCUUAUGGUCAACAACUCAUAAUCAAUCACAUUCAAGAUUAAAUUCAUUUUCACAAGAUAGAGACUCAAAUACUUCAACUUCGUUAAUUUUUGAAAGAAAUGUAGAAGAUCCUUUAUUUCUUUCACAAGGUUCAAGACCGGUAUCAAGACCGGUAUCAAGACCUGUCUCUAGACCUGUCUCAAGGGCAAUGUCAAGAUCUGUCUCAAGAAAUGCGUCAAGACCCUUAUCAAGACAACAAAGUCAAGCUACUAUUGCUACAUUAUCAAACAAUAAUAAUAAUAACAAUAAUACGAUAACAAAUUAUACUAGUAGUACAAAUAUUAUACAUAAACCAUUACCAACAAAACGAAAUUCAUCAUUUUCAUUUUCAAAUCCAUCAACUGAUUUGAGAAGAUAUAGUACAAAUCCAAACAACAACAAUAGCAAUAAUGUGACAAGUUCACAAAUUAGACGUGUAAAGACAGGUAAUCCACAAUUAUGUUCUCCAACUCUAUCUGGGAAUAUAAAUUUUACUACGAAUAGUAAUAACAACAACAAUAAUAAUGGUACAGGUACUCCAACACAGUCAAGUGAUAACAAUUAUUUACAUAGUUUAGAAAAUUUUGUUCCACCUGCUUUAGAUGAAAGUUGUUCAAUUGUUACCGAUGUUAACACUAAAUUAGAUGAUGUUGAUAUGAUUUAUUCAAAGAGACCUUCAACUUUAGGUUUAGAUAUGGCUUUAGGUAGAACAAGAUCAUCAUCAUUUGUAACACCAAGAGCUCAAUCAACUCAUGAUUUAAAUUUAAAUACAAAUUCAUCGACUAAACAAAAUUCGACAGAUUUUUCAUCUUCUUCACCUUCUCCAUCAUCAAGAUUAUUAAGAUUUUAUUCUUAUGCAGAUAUGCUUUCUGAUGAAAAUAUACAACAACAAUAUCGACAAGCACAAUGGCAAAAUGAUAAUGCUAAUAAUUCAAAUCAACAACAUAGACCUGAUUUAUUAAAUCAUAAUUCAUAUUGUAAUGAUGAUAAAUUUGAUGAUAGAAAAAAUACUAGAUUUGGAAUCGAAAGAUCAACAGUACCAAGAGUUUCACCAUCUCCCCCAAUGACAGAUACACCAUCAUCUUUGUCAACAUCAUCAUUUUUCAUUAACCCAUUUAUUAGAACUAAAAAAGAACAACAACAACAAAAUAAUGUUGGUACAUCAAAGAAUAAAAACAAUUCAUUAAGAAAACAUAAAAGUCCUAGUACUUUACAAACGUUAAGAUCGAAAUUUCAUUUACAUUCUGAUAGUAGUAGUAGUCAAGAUGAGUGCGAUGAUGACGAAUGCGAUGAUGAUGAUUGUUAUAAAGACCCUAUGUCAAGAGGGAAGUCUAUAAGAGAAAAAUCUCCAAAAAGCGGGAAAAUUGAAAUUAAUUCUUCUGCAACAGAAUCCGACCAUCUAAAAGAGGAUGAUUUAUAUCCAGACGGUGAUGUUGCCACAAUUUCUGAUAAAAAUAAUAAAUUAAUAAACGAUUUUAAUUACGAAGAUUCUGGAGAUGAACGAUUACAGAAAGAACGUGCUACAGACAUUUUAAGAAGAAGAGUUACAGAGACAUCAAUCCCUGUUACACAAUCAUAUGGUCAUGGUUAUUUAGAUAGAGGUACAGACCAUUCCACUAUUUCAUCACCAAAUAAAACAAGAUAA